AUGGAUGAUAUAGAGGAAUACGAACCACACGUCACGCAAGAGUUGAUUAAUCGUGGCCAUGCCAGACGCAUGGGUCAUUUGGAAAACUAUUUUGCUAUUCUGUGUAGGCAAAACAUGUACUCGAAUUUCACGGUUUAUGCCGAAUUGAACAAGGGCGUUAACAAAAGACAUUUACAACUUGCCUUGAGACUACUACUCCAGAAGUAUCCAAUUCUUGCGCAUACAGUUAUUCCCAAGAAAUACCCUGGCCAAGAAGCGUAUUAUUCUAGCGAAGAGUAUCUGAAUAAGCCAUUUCCUCAGCAUGAUUUCAUAAAAGUGAUUUCUCAUCUUGAAGUAGAUGACUUAAUUAUGAACAAUCAACCAGAAUACAAAGACGCAAUCGAUAAAAUCUCAAGACAAUUUGAGAAGGAUGAUUACAAGGUCACAAGUAGCUUAAUCGAAUUGAUUGCUCCUAUAGUCAUACCCCUUUGUGACCCGAAAAGACCUAAUUGGAGACUGAUUUGCUUGCCAAGUAGGAACACUAGCGGGGUUGAAACAUGGACUAACUUUGUUUAUGUCAGUAACCACUGCGGAUCCGAUGGUAUUAGUGGAACGAAUUUUUUCCAAGAUUUGGCUCUGUUAUUCACGGCGAUUGAGGAAAAGGGGUUCGAUUAUGAGGAACAGAUCACUGAAGAUAACGUCAUCAUCAACUAUGAUGAAGAUUACAAUGAAAUUGCCAAGUUUCCAAUACCGAUUACCGAUCGUAUUGACUACAGGCCUGCAUUGACAUCGAUGCCUAGUUUUUUCCUGAAAAACUUCAUAUAUGAGCAUUGUACUUUCAAGACUUCCAACAAAUCUACAGUCACAGCUAGGCACAAUCUCUCCACCAGGGCAAAUGCCAGUUACAAUCAUUUGUUGCAUUUCAGCACCGAAGAAACAGAGCAAAUCAGAGCGGAAAUCAAAAAAAAUGUUCAUGAUGGGUGUACCAUUACGCCUUUCAUCCAAGCGUGCUUUUUCGUAGCCUUAUAUAGAUACGAUAAAUUGUUCACAAAAUCUUUCUUUGAGUACGGGUUUGAUGUAGCCCUUCCAAGCAGCUCAAGAAGAUUCUUGCCAAAGGAGGAAGAGUUGAGAGAUACCUACAAAUACGGCUCCAAUGUUGGUGGUACACAUUAUGCCUAUUUGAUCUCCUCAUUCAACAUCCCCGAGGGCGACACCGACAAGUUCUGGAGUCUUGUCGGGUACUAUCAUGACUGCUUCUUGAAGUCAUACGACAAUGGAGACCACUUGAUUGGCCUUGGAACACUACAGCUGGAUUUUAUCGUUCAAAACAAGAACUUGGAUGAACUGAUUGUCAGCUCUUACCUAAACAAACAAAGAGGCGGUGCCAUUAUCAGUAAUACAGGGCUUGUCAGACAAGAUACGACCAAGCCGUACUACGUUCAAGAUCUAAUAUUCUCGCAGUCCGCAGGCGCCUUGAGAUUUGCGUUUGGCCUAAACGUCUGCUCCACAAACGUGAACGGUAUGAACAUGGACGUGAGCGCAGUUCAGGGCACUUUACGGGAUCGUGGCGAAUGGGAAUCGUUCUGCAAAGUCUUUUACCAAGCCAUCGGCGAAUUUGCGUCGCUUUGA